AUGAAGUGCUCAAUAUUCCUGCACAGACGUGUGCGCGCCCCCGGGACGCAGGCGAACUUUGCAGUGCAGUUCGCAUUCGAGCGCAUCAGUGCCCACCUGAAGUUUCUGGACCCCACGGUGGAGAAGGAGCUCACCAUGGUCGAGGUGGACGAGGCCGAGAGGACAGCGCUCCUCACGGCGCUGCAGCUCACGAACGACCCGAGGGUCCAGGCCAUAGGCAGGGACGUGGCGUCCGCGGUACGGCUCAGCGUCGCCAUCAGCUCCGAGAAGGAGUUUCUCAUGCAGCAGGUCGAGUCCGCCCUGCUCCACCAGUACGGCUCCAUCCAGAGCCUUCGGAGAGACGUCGUGCCGAACGCGCUCCUGAAGCUGUGGGGGCAGAACGAGCCCGAGCGCCUGCCCAGCCUGGCGGCCAGCAAGUGGCAGAUGACGCUGGAGCAGCCGAACGUGGAGUCGAUGUCGAUCUCGGACGAGCUGCCGCAGCUAAUCGAGCUGUCCUCCGUCACAGACGAGGACAAGGCGGCGGUCGUCGAGGGCGCCGCGCUCGUGGAAGGCAGAUACCUCCUGGACCUGUUGCUGACAUGCGUCAGGUGGCUGCGGCCCACCUGGAGCACCGACCUGCUGAGCAGCUUGGACUUUGCCAGGACACAGCUGGGUCACCACUGCGAGCCCGACCCCCCGGCCCCCACCGGCGACAAGGUCGAUCUGGCACAGGUGGUGCUCUGCAAGCUGAAGUUCGGGGCGCAGGGGAUGGACGCCCUGCGGGCCAACUUCGUCACGGAGCUGAUGCGCAACAGCACUGCACGCGAUCCCGUGCCGCAGGCCGUGUGAGAGCGCGGCGCCGCCGGCCCCGCUCGCGCGAAUGCGCGAGCGGCACCGUGCCCGCCCAGAUCUCACGGUAGGGGAAGGGGGA